AUAGUAUGAGUACGAUUUAAAUCGUAUAUCUGUCAACCCUAUUAGCAAGACAGCGACAAAAUCACGUUGCAUAACAAUGUAGCCCAAGCUUAUAUCUUAUGAAAUAUACGGAAGAGAUACACACUUAGAAAAAACAGAAAUGUUGUUCUUUGUGGAAGUCAUUGAUGAAAUUCUAUGUAUUUUAGCCCGCAAACUUUCUUCAAACAAAAACAGCGCCAUCUAGUAUCGAGUUCUGUAAUUAUCUCUUUGUUUAUGGAUUUGAAGUAAGACCGCCACGCAUGCAAUACAUUAUGACUGGGGAUUCCCAUAUUCGUCGACGCUGAAUAUGAGGCGACGACAAUCACUGUCAAACGUGUUCACUAUUACUCUGACUCUGGUAACGUGACUUCCUGGUAACGUGUUAGGUAGGAAAAGCAGUAAAAAAGUGCAUAUUAAGGGAGCAGAUUUGAAAUAAUAUUUAUACUUAACAAGAAAUAAUUAAAGGUUCAAUGGGGAGACCUAAAGAUUUACGCAUAUGGGAGCACUACCGUACUUUACCAAACAAGUCUGUUUCUUGCAAGCUUUGUAAUAAGGUCUACAAAUUCAGUAAUGCUGCCAAAAUGCUUCAACAUCUUAUCACUUGUCCAAAAUCUCCAGAAACAUUAAAAGACUCUAUGAAACUUAUAAAAGAUAGCUCGUCCAAAACCAAAAUGUCUGGACUGUCAGAGAUAGAGACAAAUGAUUCUUUUAUAAGCCCCUCGUCGUCUGCUAACACUAUAAAUGCUGAGUUUCAAGACACCGAUGAUCAUAUAAAAACAGAAUUAGCGAGAGCUAUAUUUGUAACAGGGACGCCAUUAUCGAUGGUGCAACAUCCUUUAUGGAUACAAUUUUUCGAAAAAUUGCAACCAAAAUUUAAAAUACCUUCACGUAAAGCUUUAGCGACAAAAUACUUAGAUAAAAUAUAUAGAGAAAUGCGUUUUGAGUUAAAUGAGGAACUAAAUGCUUGUAGUUACUUACACCUUCAGUGCGAUGGCUGGUCUAAUUUAAGAAAUGAAGGAAUAAUAAACUUUCUUACGAGUAUAUCAAAACCUCAACCUGCAUACGUUAAAAGUUUGAAUACAGAAAGUAAUCCUCACACUAGUGAAUACCUUAGCCAAGAAGUUGAAAAAGUAAUGAAAGUGUAUGGAGCAAAUAAGUUUCUUGUACUUAUUGGCGAUAACGCUAGAAAUAUACAAAAGGCAUUCGAAUUAACAAAACUCAAAUAUCCACAUGUUGUUCCUCUCGGUUGCUGUGCACAUAUCCUUAACUUGUUGUGCCAAGAUAUUGUAAAGAUACAAGAAGUAACUGUGUUUAUUAUGCAAGCCAUAAAUAUAAUAAAAACUGUUAAAAGGAGUCAACGAUUAAGUUCCUUGUUGAUAAAAUCAAGGCAGGGUGAAGAUUCUACACAAACACUAAAAUUGCCUUGUGCUACAAGAUGGGGAAGUAUGUUACUUCGUUAAAAAGUUUGAAAGCAAAUAAGAUAGCUUUGCAAAUAUUAACAGUUAGAGAAGAUGUGGUAAUUUCAAGAGAUAUUAAAGAUUUAAUUCUAAGUGAUGAUUUCUGGACGAAGACAGGGGAAUGUAUAAGUAUUUUGGAACCAGUCACUGAAAGCAUAUUUUACUUAGAGAGCGACCAGAAUCGUUUGCAUCGCACAUACAUUACAUUUAGAGAUGUACAAGCUAAGAUACGUUUUGCAUUAAAUGAGAUUUCGACAUUGAGCGAAGAAAGCAAACAGCAGAUUCUAACAUCAGUAUCUUCAAGAUGCAAUAUGGCAAUGAGGCCAAUACAUUUUGCAGCAUAUAUUCUAGACCCCAGGACUCUAGGAGUCGAACUUACUCAAGAGGAAGAACUUAAGGGUAUGGAGUUUAUCUACAAUUUAAGCCAACACUUAAGUUUGUCAAAUGUAAUGGCAGAUUUGGCGUGUUAUAAAGCUAAAGAAAACUUUUGGGCCAGAGGAUUUGUAUGGAGCUCAUUAGAUAGCAUUGAGCCCCUAAUAUG